AAGAAAUAAUCUCUGGAACUAAAGCCUUUGGAACUUAACUGAGUGGAUACAUGUGCUGCUUGAAUAAUCAUGCAUCACCUUAGGCUGGAGGACCUGAUUGGAUGCCAGAGGAGAAUCAGUUUUAGAAGUGUGUGAAGGUUGUUAUCACUUACCUUAGAAUAUUCGAAAUAGACACCAGGGGCCAGUUCUCUCCUCAGGUUAGCUCAAGAUGGCAGACCAGAGGCAACGCUCCCUCUCUACCUCUGGGGAGUCAUUAUACCACGUGCUGGGGCUGGACAAAAAUGCCACUUCAGAUGAUAUCAAAAAAUCUUACAGGAAACUGGCAUUGAAAUAUCAUCCUGAUAAAAACCCUGAUAAUCCAGAGGCAGCAGAAAAAUUUAAAGAGAUCAAUAAUGCCCACGCAAUAUUGACCGAUGCCACAAAGCGGAACAUUUACGAUAAGUAUGGGUCUCUGGGGCUCUAUGUAGCAGAGCAGUUUGGUGAAGAAAAUGUGAACACAUACUUCGUGCUGUCCAGCUGGUGGGCAAAGGCCUUGUUUGUGUUCUGUGGGCUCAUCACAGGCUGCUACUGCUGCUGCUGUCUGUGCUGCUGCUGUAAUUGUUGCUGUGGGAAGUGUAAACCGAAACCUCCUGAAGGCGAAGAGCAGGAAUUCUACGUCUCUCCAGAGGACUUGGAGGCACAGUUGCAGUCAGAUGAAAGGGAGGCCUCAGAUGCACCUAUUGUGAUACAGCCAGCAUCAGCCACAGAGACAACCCAGCUCACAGCUGACUCUCACCCCAGCUACCACACUGAUGGAUUUAAUUAAGUUAAGGAAACACUGUCAUUAGAAUGGAUAAAAAAAAAAAAAUACAUGGCCAACUCAACACUAGAAUCAUGAACAUUAGAAGUAGAGAAUGGGGAGGGGAAAUAAUUCUGCCACAGUAAGAAGGCAGCUUUCCAACCUGCCGAAAAUAUUUUGUAAUCCCUUCAGCCUUUUGUCACCUUUCAGUGUCGUAUCUCGACGAUACGUGAAGUGCUGUAGCAUGCAGUAUUUAAAGCAGUUUAGCUACGGUCUUAUUUGUUUCCUUUCUUUUGUUUUUCUUCUGUUUUGUUUUAUUUUUUUUGGUAGCAUGUAUGGAGUUAUGUUAAAUGUCUGUGGUGUAACGUAUUGAGUUGUCACAAUAUCAGUGCGAUGGAGACAUUCUGCAUUUUAAGCAGCAGUAUGGGCCUAAAAAUGAGAUUUAAAAAGUGUCACAGAUGCCACUGCUCUUCUGUACAGCUGAGCUGUCGAAGACCUUUAGAAGUUGAGGAUUUUCAUUUGAGUGCAACAAACCAAUUCUUUCAUUCCUCCUUCUAUUCCUGCGUUAUCUAAGCAAGUUUACAAAGCCAAGAACCAAAAAAUGCCAGUCCUGCAGAGCUGGAGUCCUCUCUAAUGCUGGUUUUCAGCUUAAAUAAAUCUACCUUGAAAAAUAAAAAGGGAGAGUUGCCAAUCUUUGAACAGUAAAUUGAACAGCUCGUUGUGUAUGAGGCGAUCUCCAGUGACAAUGGAACCAAAACCAACUGGGAAUGGGCUCCUGUGGUGGUGGCAGUGGGAUUUUAACUCCAAGCACAAUUCUGUUUUGGUUUGAGUUCAGUUGUUUUCCUGUAAUGCUAAAGACCAAAUAGUGCAGCUUUGUUUCUGAAUGCAUGAGAAUCUUAAAGUGAAACUGGUAACUUUUGGCUCUCACUGAGCAAAUGAGUAAAAUGCAGACAGUAGGCAACAGCAGAAAUGUUUUAAAACAAUUGGUGUUUAAAAAUUUGUUCUAAUAACUUGAGAAUUUAAUAGGCAAAUGGGGUAUUACAUGUCUUUUUUUAAAGCUUUUAUAAUACACUAACCCUUUAAUUUUGUCAUGAACUUCUUUGUGGAGUACUUAAAUGGAUUUUUAAGAACAAACCACCUUUCUUUGUGUUUAUAUUGUAUAAUUUGCACAUUGUCUUGCAUUUAGAUUUGUUUACACCAGUGUUUCUCUUUUCCUCGGAACAACUAUGUGGAAACCACUGAAAGGUUUCCUGUAGUAUUUUGAAACCAAAUCAAGUCCAAAGUCUGUUCUAGAAACUGUGGUUUACUGAUGUUUAACUGUUAGAAAGGCAUUUUAGGCAGCUGCUGAAUUGCUGGUGUAUUUUAUUGUCAAUAGUCUUGCUUUAGGUGAUCCAGAGUCAGAUCUAGAACAGUUCCAGAGAACCCAGUGGUUCUGCAUUUUCAGUGGGUAAUUAUGGCCUCGUUAAUUUUGAUUGUUACGGUUUUAUAUCACAAUGCCUCUUUGUCCCUUGUACCCCCAUCUCCCUGAUCUGUUUUUCCCCUCUUACUGUGGAGGGGCUGUUGGCACCUUCCCCCCAUGUCUGCUGCUCCCUCCCCAGCUCCAGGUGAUGCUUUGGAGCAGGGUAAAGAUCCAUUGGUCUGCACAAAGACCACCAGGAAAGGGCAGGAACACAGAGAAUUACUCUGAAUAUAUUUUCCUGUUGUCUUUGCAUGAGCAGAAAGGAUGGAGCACGUGAAAUCUGCCAUGAAACCAUGUUAAACGUGCUGGAUAGGAGAACAUGUUCUCCCCACGGUCUCAGUGCUCAGUGAGGAAUGUUUGCACACCCAGACGUUGCUGUGGCUGUUGGUACAAGCACAUAUUUGCCUGCAUGGGAGCUUGCUGCAGAUCAGCAUGAUUUUAGUACCACAUCCAGCCCCCCAGAUUCCCCCCAAAAUCUCUUACUUUUAAUUAAUGGCUCAAUUUCAUCAGCACACUCCUUAAGUCAUUUCUUCUUUGCCCAUAGUCCUUACAGACCUGACAUGUGGCUGUUUAGUGCAAGAUACUUUUAACUUUUCCUAACUUGGAUGGCCUUGAGGACAUUUGUGUAUGAUUUGGCUUGAGGUCCUUAUUUAGUUAAUGUCUUUCUUUGACCCCUUGGAACAAAAAGCCAUUUUUAGGCUUAAACACAAUAUAAUUUUGUCUGUCCCUGUAGAUUUUGCCUGAAGCCUGUUGUUGGUGUAGAAUUGCACUCUGGAAUAUGGGGGAGCAUGUGCAGGCUUUGUCCUCUACACAUUCACUGGUUAAAAUUGCCUGUAUCUACAAAUUGUGUUCUUAAUGGAAAAAAAAAAAAAAGUUUUUUUUGACUUUGUGAGUGAGCGUGGCUGAUUGGAGCAAGUCAGGGAAUGAGGAAGGGGUUCUUCCCUGGGAGCUGUUCCAUUCCUGUCCCUGUGUUCAACUCAGUCGAUAACACAGAGAUGGUUGUUGGGUGUUACUCUGCUGCAGAGCAGCUUUGCCCCAGUGCUGGGGACUGGUUGUCACUGUUAAUUUGGAAUAAUACUCUUUAUUUCUUAACUUCUCUAGGCUGUUUCCACAGAAGUAGAGAGGCUGGUGGGAUGUUGUGGCUCUUGGGGAGGUGUGUGACACACCUGGAGUCACUCCUCAGGCUCCUGACAAGGGAACUGAAGUGUGGGCAGCACAUGAGGACCAGAGGCAGAACAGUUAUCUGUGGGGAAAGAUGACAUCCAGGAUAAGUUUGCAGUUUAGUUGUUUGCUUAGCAAGGGAUGAGUUUGGAGAGAGACUGCUUUCCUGUCAGUGCUGUCUGUGGGUGGUGUGAGAACAGGAAAUUAGUCUGUUACGUGCCAGAGUGAUGUUAGGUGCUCCAAGGGAAACCGUUCCGAGAUCUCAGUUACAGGGAAUGAUGGGAAAACAUAAUUCUAGAGGAAUAUUCAUGUUUUUUGAAACUGUUUCAAGUUUGCCCAUGUUACUGCCUAAUCUCUGAGUUUAGGAUUGUUGUGUAUUAGUGAAGGUCUUCAUGAACUAUGUAAGGAAGUGAUUUAAACAUUCCUUCUUUAAAGCCAAAACCGUGUCAUAGCACAUGAGUACAUUAGUGCCCACUUUUCCCCUCCUGGAGGGAAGGUACAAGAGUACCCUGGGCUGUAACACGAGUUGCACUUCAUAAUGGCCAAGUAGAAUCCUAGUAAAUGCCAAGUUCUAUUGGGAAUAAUGGUUUAAAAUCUGGCUGAGAGGCUCAGACAGGAAUUCUGAGCUUGGGCGAGGGGAGCUGCAGUGUCCCAGUGCUGCAGGCUGACCUGGCUUAGUGCAGAAUGUUUCCCUCCAAAAUCAAACCUGAGCACUGUCCAUCUCUGUCCAGCGUGUUGCCAGAAUUAAACUUGAGCUUGGAUUUUAUUUAUUUAUUUGUUUCUUUAAAGUUAUAUCAUUUGUACAAGUUGCCUGAGUCCUCCAUUCCAGUCAUUCGGCCGCCUCCAUCCAGCUCCUCCAAACUCUUCAGCACGGAUUCCCUUAGCACUUGUAGCUGCACUGGGCUGAAUCCCAUCUGGAGAGUUGGUGUUCAGGAUACUGAUUCAUCCCUGUGUUGCAAGGAGAGCCAUUCCUGGCUUAGGUGAGGAGGGAAAGCUGCUGCCAAGAGCUCUCAGGUGCCAGCUGUCCUUCCUGGUGUGUGGAGCUGCUGUAAAAGGAGGUGCUGGAUCUGUCCUGCCCAUCCUCCCUAGGGAUGGGAACAUCCUAAACGCACUGUACUGAGGGGGCAUUGCACCCUUUAAAUGCCAGUCUCAUUUUGUUAGUGAUUUUUGUAGGAAAUUCUUAAAUAUUUAUCUGUAUAUAAAUUUAUGUAAGACCUCAGUGGCGUCCCAUAGGGUGUCGGUUUUUGCUGGUCCCAUGCAGUGACGUUUUAGAGCCAUGUUCCCUUUUUAGUCUUCUUUUUAGAUUUGUAAUCUUUUUAAACUGCUUUAGAUAUUAGCACUCUUAGUAUUCUUAAAGUGGGAUCCCCUUGGAGGUUUGGAGGGGCAGAACUGAGAAGGAGGGCUUGGGCAUGGCACAGAAACACCCAGUCCUGCAGCAGGGCUGCGGUCAGGGGAAUGCAGCUCUCCAAACCCUUCCUGUCAGCUUGUAAACACCUCACACAGGUGUAACCAGGGCAGGAGCCUGACAGAAAAACGAUUCCUGUUCCAUCUGUGAGGCAGUUUAGUGGUGUGGGGGAACACUGGUGCACUCUGAGGGGCUGUGCCAGAGUGUUUGUACCACGCACACUCCUUGAGAGAGGCACCUGCUUCUCUCAACUACUUUGUGCCCUUCCUUUGGUGCCCUUCAAUCUUUUUGCCAGUUCUGGAUAAUUUAGCAAAUUAGUGCUGCAGGUUUUUUGUACCCAGUGCACCUGCAUCUUGGCAUCAUGUUUAACAGGUCAGUCUGGCAGGGUGGUCAGGGCAGUUUGCAGCCCUCACCUCUUGUCAGUAAUUCCAAAUGGUGUUUAAAUGCAUCAAUCUUGGAGCACUGAACCGUAACCCCCCAGUUAUAGUUUAUAGUGUCAGGUUGAUAUAAACUUCACAUACUUCAGCAUCUGGUGCUGCUUCUCUGUAUUCUAGUGGAGAUCAUCUAGUUUGUAGUGUCUCAUUGCACCAACAGCUGCUUAAAAUCUCUCAAAAGAAUCAUAGCCAGUAGCUCACAAGGUGGCAGGAAAUUUGUCAGUGUUCAGCUCCCACAAGAUCCAUGGUCCCCUCCACGAGCUGCCUUUGGAGGCUUACUGGGACUGUCUGGGACUCAGCAAGACUGCAAUUCCCGUGUUCUUCCAAGAAGAUACUUCCUCUACAAGGAGAAGCCGCGGGAGGGAAGCUGGCUGUCUGAUGUUUGCACAAGCCAAAUGCCAGAAAUCUGGAAGACGAACUUUCAUUAUGCCGAUGUUACAUGCACAGUUCAUUUUGGUGUUAAAAGGAUAGAUGCUGGGAAUUUCUGGUGGUUAUAUAUAUAUAUGUAUGUAUAUGUAUAGAGGAAGCUCUUAUAUAAACUGGCUGUUCAUUCCCGA